AGCUUUCCUCUCCUCCUCUCUCCACUAUUCUACUUUCUAUUUCUUCGGUCUCCGAUUCCUUUUAUACACUCUCUAUCUCUAUCUGUUUUUAAUUGAAAUAAACAGAACAGAAGAAUUUACAAGAUCAUUCAGUGUUUCAAUUUACCAUCUAAUUAGAUCUGAGUUUUUGAAAACGAAAUCAUCUUUUUAAAGCUCCCAAAUCUCACGGAUCUUUUAGAAACUUCAAAAUUUUCCAAUUUAUUUCCCUUUUUUUUUUUCCAAGAAACCCUAAAUCUUGAACGAAAUUAUUUUCUUUCCUUUUUCACUUUUUAAUCGAUAUUCUUUUGCACCAAACUCAAGAUCUUCCUUGUAUAUAAGAAUUUAUUUCGAUUUCCUGAUAUUUGUUGGGUAAUUAACAUAUGCUUGUGGGUGAUUUGAAUUUGACAUUUUUAUUUCAAGUAUUUAAGGAAAAAACCCUAGUAUUUAUACAAAUGGAACGGGAUUCUGAACAACCACAAGUAGCAGUUGAAGUUCUCGAUGUAGAGGAGGGUGAGAUCUCAGAUUCCGUCUCUAUCGAAGAAAUUACCGAAGAGGCGUUUAAUUCCAAGCAAGAGCUGCAGCCGUUGUCUGCCAAUGCUAAUGUUAAUCCGAUUACCAGUGCUUCCAAUAAUACUAAUGUUAACAACAAUAAUAAUAAGAGUCAGAAUAGUGUUGGAGGAACAGGAACUAGGGUUUGGACGAUGAGAGAUCUGUACAAGUAUCAGAUCAGUUCAAGGAAUUAUUCGGGUUUGUAUAACUUGGCUUGGGCUCAGGCUGUCAACAAUAAGCCCCUUGAUGAGGUUUUAGUCAUGAUGGAGGAUAAUUCAAAUAAUAACAGUAAUAGUGACAAUAAUAACAAUAGCAGCAACUCGAAUUCAAAGAGGAUGGAAUCCGAGUGUGUGGAAUCUGCUGGGAUUGGAAGUAAAGUUGUGAUUGAUGUGGAGGACGAGGAUGAGAAGGAGGAAGGGGAAUUGGAGGAGGGUGAGAUUGAUUUGGAAUCUGAGGUUGUUCAGGAGAAUAUGGAUUUGAAUAUGGGGAUUGAGAAUGAGGCUGAGCCUGGUUCGAAAGAGAAUGUUGAGUUGGAGAAGCAGCAGUUUGAUUUGAUUAAGAAAGAGCUCGAGAGUCUGACUGCAGCUGAUGCAGAAGAAUCAUUUGGUGGACUGUGUUUGAGAUUGCAAAGCUUGAUGGACAGCGUGCUGGAAUUGGGUUCGGAAAGUUUGAUUCCUGAGAAAGAGACUCUUGUUCAACUGUUAUUUGGUGCAAUAAACAUUGUUUAUUCUGUGUUCUGCUCCAUGAAUCGAACUCAAAAAGAACAGAAUAGGGACAUUUUGUCAAGGUUCCUUGCAUAUGUAAUGAAUCUAAAGGUGCCUCUUUUUUCCUUUCAGCAGUUGAAAAUGGUGGAGGUUAUUAGAUCUUCCGUGGAUUUUUCAGCUGUUUCUUUGAACCUUAAAGACAAUAACACAGAUACAGAUAAAUCAGUGGAUGAGGCGCCUAUAAAUACUGAUUCUGAUGUGUGGUCUGACAAUGCUAAUAACGUUUCAACUAGCGUGAAGAAGAGUGAGAUAGAAUCUAUGUCUACUGGAUCAUCAGUUCUAAAUGAGUGUAGGGUUUCAUUAGAAUGUGCAAAAUCAUUGGUUGGUAAUGCUAAGCAUAAAGGAUUAGUAUUUCCCCUGCUAGACCUUCAUAAAGAUCACGAUGCAGAUAGUCUUCCAUCACCCACCAGAGAAACAUUUCCACCCUUGCCCUUUGAUAAAGGAUUUGUAUUGGAACAUGGGUUGGUGAAGCCAGAGUGGCCUGUGCCCAGACGGACUCUUGAGAGCGGAAACGUUAUAAUGCAUCCUAAUGAAACUGAUGCUGUCAAAGCUUUUUCCACCUAUCAACAGAAAUUUGGUCGAAGCUCCAUUUUCAUGAGUGACAAGCUUCCGAGUCCAACUCCUUCGGAAGAAGGUGAUAGUGGGGAUGUUGAUAAUGGCGGGGAGGUUUCCAGUGCUUCUAUUCCUCGCAGUAAUGUUCCUGUUAACACCUCAGUUGUUGGACAAUCAUCUGUUUCUUCUGUUGCCGAUAUGGAUAUCACUUCUGGACAAGGACAUAGCAGUACUAGGACCACUAGCCCUAUGACUCCUUUGCCAAAUUCUGUGUUGAAAUCUUCAUCAGCGAAGAGUAGGGACCCUAGGCUUAGACUGGUCAAUUCUGAUGCAGGUGCCAGGGAUCUAAAUAAAUCCCUUUUACCUAUGGAGAGAACUGAGCCCAAAGUAGAGUCUUUAGGAAUGAUGAGUUCAAGGAAGCAGAAGACAGUCAAUGAGCCAGUUUUGUUUGGUCCUGCAUUGAAAAGGCAAAGAAACGAUCUGCAUACUGUUACCGAAACUGGUGGUUGGUUGGAGGACCUAGGAUCAGUUGGCAUGCAGCUAAAAAAUGGAAACUCUGGAAUUGAUCUGAGAAAAACAGAAGAUACAGUAACUUGCAUCAGUUCCAGUAGCAUUACUACUACCGAGAAAGGCAAUGGAAAUGAGAAGUUCCAAAGUGUAGGUCCAUGUGCCACCUUACCAGUAACAAGUCCAAUCACAAGCUUGCCAGUUGUAAGUCAACCAACAAGCCUACCAGCUACUGGUCCAUCCACAAGCCUGUCAGCAACAGGUCCAUUUACAAGCCUACCAGUAACAGGUCCAUUCGCAAGCCUACCAGUAACAGUUCCAAGUUUGCCAGUGUCAGAUCCUACUAAUACAGCUUCCUUUCAUUCUCUGUUGAAAGAUAUAGCUGGGAACCCAUCUAUAUGGAUGAACAUACUUAAGAUGGAACAGUUGAAGUCUGUUGAUUCUAUCAAAAGUAUGACAUCACCGCCAACCUCAAAUUCUAUACUGGGAGCAGUUCCAUCAAUUAAAGUACCUCCAUCCAAGCCCCUCGUGGCUGGACACCUAUCAGCAGGAUUACUUAAGUCUCCUCUACAGGCAGUUUCUAUGGAAGAAUCUGGGAAAGUGCGCAUGAAACCUCGUGACCCACGCCGUGUUCUUCAUAAUGGUACAUCUCAAAAGGGUGGGACUGUGGGUCCUGAUCAACCAAAAACUAAUCCCGCAGUCAGUCAGAGAAUGACAAGCAGCUUGGGUGCCCAAAGGCAGGAGGAUCAGUUGGAUAGGAAGCCCGUCUCUUCAAGUUCGAUUGCUGCACCUGAUAUUACACGGCAAUUCACUAAAAACUUGAAAAACAUCGCAGACAUUCUGUCUGCAUCUCAAGCAUCGAUAUCUCCACCUGUCUUUCCUCAGGCUUCGUCAUCACAACCAGCACAAGUUAAUCAAGGUAAAAUGAAGACUAAGGGUGUAGCGUCUGAGUCCAACAACCUUAGAAGUGGAAUUGGCUUAGCUUCUCAAGAAGUGACUGCAGCCUUAUCACGACCACAGAAUGCGUUUAGGGAUGUCGAUCAUCUGUUUGAGGGAUUUGACGAUCAGCAAAAAGCAGCUAUUCAGAGAGAAAGGACGCGGAGGAUUGAAGAACAGAAGAAAAUGUUUGGUGCUCGCAAGCUCUGUCUUGUCUUGGAUCUGGAUCACACACUUCUAAAUUCGGCCAAGUUUGUCGAAGUAGAUCCGCCGCAUGAUGAAAUCUUGAGAAAGAAAGAGGAGCAAGAUCGUGAAAAGCCUCACAGGCAUCUAUUUCGUUUUCCUCAUAUGGGAAUGUGGACCAAAUUGCGGCCGGGGAUAUGGAAUUUCUUGGAGAAGGCUAGUAAGCUAUAUGAGCUGCAUCUGUACACCAUGGGGAACAAGUUUUAUGCCACAGAGAUGGCUAAACUGCUUGAUCCGAAAGGGGAGUUAUUUGCUGGUCGAGUUAUCUCUCGUGGUGAUGAUGGUGAUUCUUUUGAUAGUGAAGAUAGGGUUCCUAAGAGCAAGGACUUGGAGGGUGUCUUGGGUAUGGAGUCGGCUGUAGUAAUUAUAGAUGAUUCUGUGCGAGUCUGGCCACACAACAAACUAAACUUGAUAGCUGUUGAACGGUAUAUUUAUUUUCCAUGUAGUAGACGGCAAUUUGGGCUGCCCGGCCCUUCUCUCCUUGAGAUUGAUCAUGACGAGAGACCAGAAGAUGGGACUUUGGCCUCUUCUCUAGCGGUUAUUGAGAGAAUACACGAGGCCUUUUUUGCACACCAGUCCUUAGAUGAAGCUGAUGUUAGAAACAUCUUAGCUUCUGAACAAAAUAAGAUUCUGGCUGGUUGUCGAAUUGUCUUCAGCAGAGUGUUUCCAGUGGGUGAAACAAAUCCUCACAUGCAUCCAUUGUGGCAGACGGCUGAACAAUUUGGUGCUGUGUGCACUAAUCAGAUAGAUGAGCAGGUCACCCAUGUAGUUGCCAAUUCUCUUGGGACGGAUAAGGUGAACUGGGCCCUUUCCACGGGAAGAUUUGUUGUGCAUCCUGGCUGGGUGGAAGCAUCAGCCCUGCUUUAUCGGAGAGCCAAUGAGCAAGAUUUUGCCAUUAAACAACCACAAUAAAAUUAUCACUAUUUCAUUCAUCCAUCCAUCCAUCCGGUAAAAAUGACACUAAUCUUAAAAUGUUCAAUGUGCUUGAAAUUGGGGGAGGUGACCGUCAAAUAAUCGGUAUCCCAAGGUUGAGACCUUGGUGAACCUCCCAGUUCACCGGUGGCAUCGAGAAACUUCUAACCACGUUCGAGAACCCUUUGCUUUACACUAUCUUAGGGUGAGUUCGAUCUUUAUCAAGCAAUUGAAUUCUAAUGGGGAAUGGGAAUUGGUUAAAUUGAAGGAUAAUCUGGACUGAAAAUUGCAGAAUUUUGUAGCGCAUGGAGAAUUGAAAAUUGAUGAAAUUAAUUAACUUGUGUUAGAAAAGAUGAAAUUGUGGUUAAAUUAGGGGAAUAAGAAAAUGACAGUGUCUUGAGAAUACGAGUAAUGAAAAAAUAUCAAAGAUGGAUAAUGAAAUAUUAUGUAUUAUUGUUUUUCACGUGAAAAAGUUUUUAUGUUUUUAUUUAAAUCUAAAUAUGUACCUUUUUGUUUUAGGCAA